AGUAGCCUAUUGUCAGAGAUUGACCAAGCAACAAAUGCACAAACGAAUUCGUUCAGUUUUCAGACAAACGUGGCAUAGACGUGGUCGUGUGCUGCACCGCGGCGGCCAGCACGCAGGAACUCGUUGCUAGCAGUGAUGUGGAGCGUUUGCAUCGGCGUCUCUCCUCAUCUGGGAGGAACUGCCCAGUUCCUACUGUAGAGGGUGGUGGGCGUGUACAAAGUAUCCUCGCAAUAUUAACCAGGUGCUAUUAAUUUACAUUUCCCUCUUACUAUCUCUCCAUGCCAGCUAACCCGUCCACUGCGCCGUCCUGGUGCCACCUACGUCACGGGGAAACUAACUUCACGAUAACAAUGCUGAAACGGAAAGCAGCACUUUGGAUAGCGUCCGUCUAGAUUAAUUCCUUUCAACCCCAUCCAUGGCUCCCGCCACGGGCUGCAUUCAGUAGAGCCUCUACGCCUCUACUCGCAGCUUGCUAUACUAUAUUUUUUGGCACAGGGUGCUGAAGUUAUUUUCUCAAGGGUCCAAAUGGCUGGACACGAAUGGGAGGAUUGGUUCGAGAGAGAGGAAUUUAUCGGGCAGAUCAGCGACAUUCGUGUGCAGAAUCUUCAAGUGGAGAGAGAAAUGGUGCAGAAGAGGACCUUCACCAGAUGGAUCAAUUUGCAUCUAGAGAAGUGUAAUCCUCCAAUGGAGGUGCACGACCUGUUUCGGGACAUCCAAGAUGGCCGGAUUCUGAUGGCCUUGCUGGAGGAACUGUCUGGGUGUAAGCUGCUUCAGGGAUUCAAACAGUCCUCCCAUCGCAUCUUCAGGCUGAACAACAUUGCUAAAGUCUUGACAUUUCUUGAGGAGAGAAAUGUGAAACUUGUGAGUAUCGAUGCCGCCGAUGUUGCCGAUGGCAACUCGUCCAUUGUUCUCGGCCUCAUCUGGAAUAUUAUCCUCUUCUUCCAGAUUAAAGAGCUCACAGGGAACAUCAAGAACCAGUUCCCCUCCUCGUCCAGCCUGUCGUCCAUCCCCACCAGCUCCGACUCGGACACAUCCCACUCCAGCACGCCGUCUGAGGAGAGGCGCUGCUCUGUGGCCAUCAGGGACCAUGGCAAAGCCAUCAGGACCCUUCUGCAGUGGGUGCAGAGGAGGACGAGGAAGUUUGGAGUUGCUGUAAACGACUUUGGGAAGAGCUGGACGAGCGGCUUGGCCUUCCUGGCCGUCAUCAAGUCCAUCGACCCCAGUCUGGUGGACAUGCGGAGGGCGCUUCUGCGGACGUCCAGGGAGAACCUGGAGGAGGCCUUCAGGACGGCACACUACAGCCUGGGCAUCGCACGGCUCCUCGAACCAGAAGAUGUGACUAUUAACCCACCAGAUGAGCAGGUCAUAAUGACCUACGUGUCCCAGUUCCUUGAGCACUUCCCUGGCAUGGACGAGGAUGACGUCUCUGACGUCAUUGACCGAAGCACGUCAAAAGUGAGUGCUCGUCUGAACGACUCAGUGGCCCGCAAUGGCGGGAAGAGGGUGCGAGAGACGUCGUCGUACGUGGUCAAGCGCGACUGGGUCAAACCUCCCCCCAAGAUCUUCAUCUCUGCCGUGUCGGAUGAGUCCACCGAGCAGCAGGUGGCCAAACCACCACCCUCCUCUUCCUCCUCUAAGGCCUGGGCCAGCGAGGAGUCCAGCCCCAGCCCUGCCCAGUCCAGCCCCAGCCCCAGUCCAGCAGAUGACCGCUCCCCGACCCGGUCGCUAGACCUGACCAAAGACGCAUCCUGCCCCGUGUCCGCCUCCACGUCCAGUUCCAGCUCCCCUCAGCCGUCCUACGUCGACUCCGUCAUCAGCUCGCCAGACUCCUGGAGCGAGAUGCCGAGCGAGGUUGGACCUCUGGAGAAGCUUCCGGAGAGCUACAGCGACGGCUCGUUGAACGAGACUAGCCUAGUCUGCGAUGCGAAGGAAUCUGUCACAUACAGCCAGUCCCAAGCAUCCGACAAGGGCCUGCCUUUUGAAACAGAGAAGCCAUUAGAUGAUGGUAUGGACUCUGAGCUCUUCAUAGACGAGGGGAACUUCUCCCUCUGCUCUCUCGAUAGUUUACAGGCCAAAACGCCACUGCCUUCUGAAGAGGACGCCGUCGCCCUCACGCACAUUCCAAGUGCCCAAGGUCAAGACAAAGUGCCAGAGCUGGGUGGAGUCGCAAACGGAUCUGCCGUAGGUUCAGAGGAGAAGGUCCACCAUGAGACUGUUAAGCCUUCACCUGCUGAUUUAUCCGACGGGGCUUGUGAGUCUGGAUACUUCCCUGAGGACAAAGAAAGUUCCUUAUCACUUGCCUCAGCAGAAUCUGCCUUAGCCUCUUUGUCCUCCGAUGAACAAAUAGUUCAAGAUGAAAACCAGUCAAAAGAGAAGACACAACAUCCAGAGUGGGCAGACCAUUUGCAGCCGUCCUUCAAUGCUGAACAAACGCCCGAUCGAAUGACUGAUCAGAUUACCGAGGCGGACGAGCCUGCUGUCGUGCCUGGCUGUCCUGUUUCAGGUAACAGUGUCCAGCUCCCAGAGAGUGAAAGUGAUAUCCGCUCCGAGGACAUGGCGCUAGCCGACGUGCUGGAGGCUCAGCAGGAGGACAUCCACUACGCCGAAAAUGUCGACGUGGAGUCGGCGGAAGACAGCGACGGUGAGGUCGCUGAGCAGCCAGCCCGUGGACUGGAGGUGGAGACGCCCAUGGAAUCUGGACAGCCGGAGGAGAGCAAUGCGAAGCAGCAGGAUGAGGAGUCUGAGGAGGACAAGGACGAGGUCAAACCAGUCCCACAUGAUCCUCAAGGUCUCGGACUCUGUGAGGUGCCAGGAGCUUCUAGUCCAGUUCUGAACCAGGAGAAGGGAGGUCAAGGCACAGUUGGAGAAAAGAUGGAGGCUACUAGUCCAGGGGAUGUAGAAGAGACCAGUGAUGGGAUCGUCACAGAGAUAACUGAUCUCAGCUCAGUAGAGGUGACCACUAACCAGAAGAUGACCAGUGGAGUGGACUCUGACUUCGAGGUGACAGACAGGAUGGAUUUUAGCAGCUCAGCUGAGGUGGCUGAGGUGAAUGAUCAUGAAGAAAAGUCUGGUAUGCCCUGUGGUGAAGGACAUGGAGUGGACAAGACCAGUGAAGGGGAGUCGGAACCGGAAUCACCUGAAGUUGAGAUGAGGGAAAGUGUCCCGGAAUGUGAGACUGAAGACGAGCAGAGUUACACAAAGAGCAAACCUGACGAGGCCUUAGCCAGCACAGACAGCCAGAAGCCAGCAAGUCAACACGAUGGAAUGGAAAGUUCCGAUUAUCCAGCAGGUCAAACGCAGAGCAAGUCGGCGGAGAUACCGAACGGUACAGAAUGUAACGCAGAAAGCUCAGUGAAGGAAGGAGCGGAGAGUUGGUCUUUGGAGAGACAAACAGGAGCAGAAUGGGAGCCCAGACACGAGCCAGCUGGUGCAGAGGCUCAGCCGGGAGCAGCAGCAGCAGCAGCAGCAGCAGGGCACUCUGAGGGAGCUCUGGGAGACGGCGGGCCCUCUGCUGGAGACACACAGCUGGAGGAGAAGAAUGACCACGAGGCAGACGAGACGGACGAGACUGUGCGGGCACCUGUGUCUGUGAUCCCCCUGGACUUGGUGUACUACCCGCAUUACGACGUCCCCAUCGCCGAGGUCAUCGAGGCCUUCGCCGAGCCCAGCGCCACGAACCCUCGCAGCCAGGGUGAGGCUGGCGCGGGAGGCCGGGGCCUGAAUGGCUCGGACGAGGCCGGCGGCGGAGCAGAGGAUUUUGGGAGCGUGCCGCAGGAGCUGCGUCUGGCCCUGAGCGUGGCGCCGCUGCAGCCAGCACCCGCGCAGGACAGGCUGCCCGGACCGGACACUGACAGCAGCGACAGCGAGAUGGACGACCGCGACCGCGUUCAGACACCAGCAGAGCCAGAUGAGGGGCUACCUCGAAAUAUGACGUCCGACGGACCCGGUCAAUCCCCGGAGCCAGGCCACACCGAGGCGGUCGAGGGGCUCGCCGAGGCAGACCGGGACGCCGGCGAUCCCAAUGCGGCCGGUGCCGGAGGCUCGGACGAGCUCAUUAAGAUAGAUGGAGAGUGGACCAGCGCCAGGGAAAACAUGACGACUCUGAGCAGGGAGCAUGCUACUGAAGACCCGAGGCAGCCCUCCACGGGCCCGUAUCUGAGGGCCUCAGCCCUGCCCAUAGAGGAUCAGAGUGGGAAUAAGAAGAGUGGGGAGCCUUGCACACCGGACAAAAUCAGCCUUUACAGAAGAAGAGGGAGCAAACCCGAGAAGAGAGAGCCGCCUGUGGAGCUCACGCUGGAAGAAAUCUGCCUUCUGCUCGUCCUGUGGCUUAUCGUUUACUGCCUGUUCGUCCUGCCUCAGAUAGACUUCCGAACUCUUCCGCAACUCCUCCUCAACAUUGAAGAGUGAUCAUAUUGCAGGACCUAUCUAUUUUGGUCACAUGACAUUGAAGGGAGUCGGAGCAUUUCACUGCUCUGCAAAUAUAGUCAAGUGAACUAAAAGUGUUUUUCUCUUCCCUCAUUACUACAAGAUAAACAUUUGAGAAUUUAUUUGGACGCUAACCCAUCUUCAGUUGAUGUAUUUACACAUGAAGAUAAUUUGUCACAAAAUAUAUCUGUGCUACUGUAGUCCUGUUUUUUUCUGUUUGGAGUGUGUGUUAUGAAGAGGUACAUUUGAUUCCUCAAGAUAUUUUGUAAAUAUUAUGUUGUAAAAGACUAUCAAUGAAGUAGUGGCCACCCAUGGAAAGUUCUUUUUAUAUAAUUGUGCAUGCAGUAUUCAGUGGUACAAGUGAAAGUUUUGAUUUUUAUAGACUUUUAAAUAUGUUAUACGUAAUGCACAACUUCCUUACGGCAAAUGAACUCAUGGUUCCUAUUCUUAUGAAGUGUAUUGGUAGUUUUCGGCAUUGAAAGAGAAGGGGUAGUGUCUAUUGCACUUUUUAAAUCACAAAACGCAAACUGCCAAAGAUGGAAAUUUAGAGAGGUCAAAAUUAUAGUGAUCAGAAAUGUAUCAGAUACUCUUAAAAGUUAACAUAGUCAGUAAAUAUCUGUAUUCAUAUAUAUUUAUAGAGCCUAAUCUCAGAAAUGUUAGCCAUAUUUUUGUUGAAGUUGAGCAUAGAAAGAAUGAUUUUCAGUAACAUGAGCAUGUUUAUAUAUUAUGCAGAACGCUACUCUACUGUGCUUGAACAUUUGGAAUCCUAAGGGAAGACCGACACACACACAGACAGAGAGAGAGAGAGAGGUUUUGCUUCACAAAAGAAAUUACAUGAUUACCUCUAGUUCAUCUGAAGUACAUCCUCACUUGCUGUUUAUUUUUGUUUUUACACUUCGAAUGUGAUAAAAAUGCAUCUUCCAAUCUCUCAAAAGGAGGUAAUUACACAAACACAGAAUAUCAUGACUAUAUUUUUUGUCAACAUAGGUAGGCUAUAGGGCAGGCACAAUAUUGACAUUAACAUUGUUUUAAUAAAUUGCUUACAACACAGCCUUUACAGUUGUGCUUAUACAUACCUUGAUGCAUAUUGUGGUGUUAGUGAUGAACGAGUGUGUUUGUGAUGAGCGAGUGUGUGUAUGUGUGUGUGUGUGUGUUUGUGUGGUGGGAAUCGAAUGUGAUCGUUCAAACCGCGCGCUUGAGACAUAUUUAAAAGCCUAAUACUGCAUUUUGCUUUUGUAUCAGAUCUGAUAAUGAUGUAUCAAAAGCACCUGUGAAGUGCAAUAAAUGAAAUGCUUUGC